CGGAGCGACAGUUGCGCCGCAACUGACGUCUCUCUCGGUUCAGCGCUAUCACGUCGACGAUCACUGUGUACAUAUGUAUUACCUGCCGCACGCGUAUCUAUGAUUACUCAAGUUUGUAUACGCGCACCACUCCCGCUACUGCGUGUCCGCGAUUUUUGUGGAAUUUCCAGAGCGGAACGUAAUUCGGAGGAUCGGCGGAACAUCGACAAGUGCGCAUCGACGUUCGAGCGAUGGGGGACGCAGCGAUGAACGUCGCAGCGUCCGGUGGCGGCGGCGGCGGCGCCGGUGGUAGCGGCGGCGGUCAACGUAUCGUUAAGGAAGGCUGGCUUCAAAAACGCGGUGAGCACAUAAAAAAUUGGAGAUCAAGAUACUUUGUCUUAAGAGACGAUGGUACAUUGGUUGGGUUCAAGGCAAAACCUGAUCAACAAAUGGCAACGUCUGCACAGCCGUUGAAUAACUUUACCGUGCGAGGGUGCCAAAUAAUGUCAGUGGAGAAACCUAGGCCUUAUACAUUUGUUAUCAGAGGCCUGCAAUGGACAACGGUAAUCGAGAGGACAUUUCAUGUAGAAACUGAGCAAGAAAGGGAAGACUGGGUAGCAGCAAUCAGAUAUGUAGCGACUAGAUUAGCCAAUGAAGAACAGCAGCAAGAACAACCACAAAUGCAACAAUCUUCCUCUUCGGAAGAUGUUGAUAUGGAAUCGUCGAUAGGUACUAGAUCUGAUUCCUGUACUUCUUUAGGUGUUGUAUCUACAGACAUAGACGGUGGUAGUAUCGAUGAAUUAUCAGCAAAAUUCAGUGUUCAAGGAACUUCCAGUAGUAAAAGUACUGGUAAAAAGAAAGUAACGCUUGAGAAUUUCGAAUUUUUAAAAGUUUUGGGGAAAGGUACGUUUGGAAAAGUAAUUCUAUGUAGAGAAAAGGCGACGGGGCAUUUAUACGCUAUCAAAAUCUUGAGAAAGGAAGUUAUUAUUCGUAAGGAUGAAGUGGCGCACACACUUACUGAAAAUAGAGUAUUACGUACUACGAGUCAUCCUUUUUUAAUUUCCUUGAAAUAUAGUUUUCAAACAGCAGACCGGCUGUGUUUUGUCAUGGAAUAUGUAAACGGCGGCGAGUUAUUUUUCCAUUUGAGUCGGUCGCGAGUGUUUGGCGAAGAUCGUACCAGAUUUUACGGCGCGGAAAUUAUAUCAGCCCUUGGUUACUUGCACUCGCAGGGCAUUAUAUACCGUGACCUCAAACUGGAAAAUCUCCUCUUGGACAAAGACGGGCAUAUAAAAAUUGCUGACUUUGGCUUAUGUAAAGAGGACAUUACGUACGGAAGAACGACAAAGACCUUUUGUGGAACGCCAGAGUAUUUGGCACCAGAAGUACUCGAGGAUAAUGAUUAUGGGCGAGCUGUGGAUUGGUGGGGUGUAGGUGUAGUCAUGUAUGAAAUGAUGUGUGGCCGAUUACCUUUUUAUAACAGAGACCACGAAAAGCUGUUUACGCUUAUUUUAUUGGAAGAAGUAAGGUUUCCUAGGACGAUUAGUAACGAAGCAAGGGACAUGCUCGGCGGUCUGUUAAUAAAGGAUCCAAGCAGAAGAUUAGGCGGUGGUCCUAACGAUGCGAAGGAUAUCAUGAACCACGCAUUCUUCUCGUGUAUCAAUUGGACAGACCUUGUUCAGAAGAAGAUUCCUCCUCCCUUUAAGCCGCAAGUGACUUCAGAUAUUGACACUCGAUAUUUUGAUAGUGAAUUUACCGGCGAAAGUGUUGAACUUACACCCCCAGAUCAAGGCUGUUUAGGUAGUGGAGGGGGUCUGAAUUCUAUAGCGGAAGAACAAGAACAUUUCCCCCAGUUUUCAUACCAAGACAGUCACUCUGCGGCAACUUCUUCCAUCGUUUCUAUUAAUCACUGACAGUGUCAAGUGUCUUGCUUAAUUAAUGUAAACGAGACGUGUGGUUCAAUGCAUGAAAAAUCUCAAGCAGAAACAUCCGAUUACAGUAUGUAUCUGACGAUUGUCUGCGAAGCUUAAAGCUUUCCCAAUAGGCAGAUCAAUCAAGUUAUCUUUCUUUACGAUGCUUUGUUUUUAUGCAUCCUAUGAGAUCGUCACACAUAUCUCCAACGGCGAAUUAGAUUUAUGCGUAUAAGUGUGCGCUCGCAUAUAACACCUAUACACAUAACUAUUCAUUAAAAUUGUAUAUGGCAAAAUGUAUACUAUAAGAUUAGAUUGAUAUGAUACGAUUAAUACUUGCUGCAUAAGCUCGAAGGAUUAUGACAGGGAUUAAAUUACGUUCUCAAUUGAAUCAAGUUAACUAAAACUCCUUGAGACACGUAUUGUGAAUAUUGAACAGUUUUCUCGUCUCCAAGGAACGUGUGGUAACCAUAAGUAUAAUCUUGUGUUUAACCAAAACAAUGCUUGACACUUUCCAAGCUCGCUCCGUCACUGUUUAUUAUCUUAUUUGUGGAGGGGCAAUUCUUGAUCCGUUUUAAUCCGGUAGAUGACUUACGGCAGAUGCCAAAGUAGAAAAUUAAAAAUGGCAAAAGGCCAGUAAAAAAAGAAAAAUAAUGGUUUAUCCAUUGUGAAGGUAGAAUUGUAGAAAAAAAAAUCAGCUUUAAUUGAAUGUAUAAAUUCGAUAGAUCACUUUUUUUAGCCUUAUAAAGAUAUUAUUAUGACUGGCAAUAAUUGGAGAUGUGCGAGUAUUCGAAACACUAGCAGAAUAUAUGAGCUGUAUCGGCAUACUUGUUCGAAGCGAAUGUUUGACUGUUUUUUUGGAAUUAUUUGAAAAGAUCGUUUUGAAGGGAGUUUAUGACUUGAAAUAUAUUUUCCUCCUACUCUAUAAGAAUUUCCCCCUUUAAAAGAUGUCUAUCGGGGUGAUUCUUCAAUGGUGAUAACGAGAUACAAUAUUAUGCGUGAAUAUUUCGUUGAUUCAUCGUGAAAGCGGAAUUGUUGCCAGAUAGUAAUGUUAUCGAUACAAAAUGAUUUGUGCAUAAUUGUGAUUAAAGUGCUUAGCGUAUAAUCAUUCUCUAAUGCGAAUAAUAUUGUUACACUUGAAUGCGAAUACGGAAAUAUAAAAUAAUCACACAGUCA